AUGAGUGUUGUUUCCGGGGUAAUAUCAAGGCGAGUUUUGCCAGCAUGUGGCAGUCUUUGUUGCUUCUGCCCUGGAUUGAGAACAAGGUCUAGGCAGCCUGUGAAGAGGUACAAGAAGUUGAUCUCGGAUAUAUUCCCUACUCAUCCGGAUGAAGAACCAAAUGACCGGAAGAUCGGAAAACUCUGCGAAUAUGCUGUGCGAAACCCUUUACGGAUCCCAAAGAUCACAACCACCCUUGAGGAACGCUGUUACAAGGAAUUAAGAAAUCGUAACUUUCGAGGUGCAAAAGUUGUCAUGUGUAUUUACAGGAAGCUAUUGAUUUCAUGCAAGGAUCAAAUGCCCCUUUUUGCAAACAGUUUACUAACAAUCAUGCACACUCUUUUGGAUGAGACACGACACGAUGAAAUGCCAAUUAUAGGAUGCCAAACACUAUUUGACUUCGUAAAUUGUCAGAAAGAUGCGACUUACAUGUUUAACUUGGAAAAAUUUAUCCCUAAACUCUGUCACUUAGCUCAAGAAGUUGGGGAAGAUGCAAGAGUGGAGCCACUUCGAGCGGCUGGGUUGCAAGCCCUUUCCUCAAUGGUUUUCUUCAUGGGUAAAUAUUCUCAUAUGUCACCAGAGUUUGACAACAUUGUUUCCGUAGUUUUGGAAAAUUAUGGAGCUACAAGCAAGGACUAUGACAAUCCCAACCAGAACCGUUGGGUACAGGAAGUGCUUAAAAAUGACCGGAAUAUGACUCCAUCAGGUGCCCUGACAAAGGUUCCAUCAUGGAGAACAAUUGUAAAUGAGAAGGGUGAAGUAACUAUGUCAGCAGAAGAUGCUAAAAGCCCUUGCUUUUGGUCCCGUGUGUGCCUACAUAACAUGGCUAAGUUGGCCACAGAAGCUACAACCAUGCGGCGUAUUCUGGAAUCUUUGUUUCGUUAUUUUGAUAAUGAGAAUCUAUGGCCUAUUUCACGCGGUGUUGCAUUCCCAGUGCUCAAGGACAUGCAGACCAUAAUAGAUGAAUCUGGAGAAAUUACACAUUUUCUGCUUUCUGUAUUAGUCAAGCAUCUUGAUCACAAAAAUGUCCUUAAACGACCCAACAUGCAGCUUGACAUUCUAGAGAUUGCCACCUCACUCGCAAGAGAAACAAAGAUAAAAGCCUCUGUUGCAAUAGUCAGUGCUAUAAAUGAUAUUAUUAGACAUUUGAGAAGAAGCAUACAUCAUUCACUAACUGAUGCAAACCUUGGAUCUGAUGUGAUCAAGUGGAAUAGAAAGUUCCAAGAAGCUGUAGAUGAAUGCCUUGUGGAGUUAUCGUCCAAGGUUGGUGAUGCUAGCCCCAUUUUUGAUAUCAUGGCUGUCAUGAUGGAAAACAUCUCUAAUAUUAAAAUUAUAGCACAAACUACAGUUGCUGCUGUUUACCGCACUGGCCAAAUUGCAUUUCCUGAAGCAUUAUUUCAUCAGUUGCUUCCUGCCAUGGUUCAUCAAGACCAUGAAACUCGAGUUGGAGCUCACCGUAUCUUCUCCGUGGUUCUUGUACCAUCUUCUGUUUGCCCUCAUCCAAGUCCAGACAUGGGUUCUGAUCCCCAAAAGGCUGAAAAUGUUCCAAGGUCACUCUCGAGGACUGUUUCUGUCUUUUCUUCUUCAGCCGCCCUCUUUGAGAAGAUGAAAAAAGACAAGCCUUCUUUGGGUAGAGAAAAAGUGUCUAAUGAAGGGGAACAAAAAACAAAUAAUGGUGGGAUGAUGAGCAAAGUCAAGUCAAUUCACAGCCGAAAGUAUAGCAUGAAAAAUCCAGUGCCUCCUCAAGUAGCAGUUCAAAAGAACGAUAAUGCGAUUACACUAAGGCUAAGCAGUCAUCAAAUAUCUCUCCUCCUAUCUUCGAUUUGGGCGGAGUCCAUCUUCCCUGAUAACACACCUGAAAAUUAUGAAGCAAUUGCUCACACCUACAGCCUGGUGUUGUUAUUCUCUCGUGGGAAGAACUCCAGCCGUGAGGCUCUAAUUCGAAGUUUCCAGCUGGCAUUUUCUUUGAUAAAUAUUUCUCUUACUGAAGGAGGAUCACUUUCACCAUCACAUCGCAGAUCUCUUUAUACAUUGGCGACCUCUAUGAUAAUAAUAUCCGGGAAAGCAUUUGGUCUUGUCCCUAUUGUUCCACUUGCUAAGUCUGCACUUGCUAAUAAGAUGGUUGAUCCAUACUUGUGUUUGGUUGAUGAUUGCAAGUUGACCGUUGCUUCUAGAUCAGAUCAAAUCAACAAUGGCUUUGAUUCUAAGGAGGAUAACAGGGCUGCCCAGAAAUCCCUUUCAGAAGUAAAGCUUGCAAAAGACCAGUCAACAGAAUCAUUAGUUGCUGCUGUUGUGAAACACUUGGAAACCAUCAUAGGGUCUGAAGUGAGCAGCAUUAAGGAAGAGUUGACGCACAAAUUUGUGCCUGAUGAUGUAUGCCCUACAGAGUACAGGUCAGAACAGGGUCACUCGAAGGAUGAGGUAAAUGCUCUUGAGAGCUGAGUAUUUCUGUUUUCAAUUAUAAUUUUACUUGGUUUUUCACUUAUGAUCAUGUGUUGAUUUCUCUAGGUUGCUUCACUCUUUUCGCUUGAUGAUGAUAUCACCAAACCAUCAGAAAUGGCAUACGGGGCGUCCGAUCUCUUGAGUGUUGAUCAAUUGUUAGAAUCAGUCAUGGACUCGGCACAAGUUGGUAGAAUGUCAGUAUGCAAUGCACCAAAUAUCUCUUUCUUGGAAAUGACCAAUCACUUUGAGGAGCUCGGAAUAGGAAAGCAAACAAAGAUGUCCAGUCUGAUGCAAAACAGUGGUGACACAAACAAGCAAUCAGCACCUGAAGUCCAAUCGGCUCCUGCUGCAAGUAAUGCUAAUGCAACAGAGUCAUUCAGGUUACCGGCAGCAAGUCCAUAUGAUAACUUCUUGAAAGCAGCUGGUUGUUAAUAUGUUACAUGCAGCCUGCUGAGCUACGGAAGGUCCUAUGCAACCCAUGAAUGAACCCACUUCCCUGUGGAAAAGGUUUUUGAAGAAAUGAAGAUGCUAUAAUCUAUUGCAUAACCCGUUACUUUCGUAGAAACUAGUUGAGCUCAAAAGGCGGCAUGUUGAUGGUUCUUGUGAUUGAAUCAAGGUUGCAGUUUUUUCGGUUACUUCUCUAAAGCAACUCGCUCAUUAUUAAUUCUUU